AUGAGUUGUGAAACCAACAUCUCGUUCGAGCUAUCGAACAUUCUCGAUGACGAUGAUUUCCACAUCAACGAUUUCAGUGAAAUCUCCCUCCAUGCCUCGCCAGUCAAACGUUCUCCGAAGACAUCUCAAGAUAACUCUCCGGUCAAGCCGGCAACUUCACUUAAUUCGACAAGCUAUCCUGAUCUCAGCCUCCUGAAGAAUGAGCUAUUUCAAGUCACCCAUCACCUUCGAUCACGAGCACAUGUUGAAGGUCCAGACAAACAGCUUCGAGAUGACAAGAUCGAGAAGCUUCUUGAUGAUCUUGAAAACGAGAAUAAUGACUUCGAACUCGACGACCAGCUCCGAACGAGAGUCUUCAGGGCUCGCUUAAAGAACCAGUCCACUCCAGAUGAUUUGGAUUUUAGACUCGACUCAUAUUUACAGGACAGGCUGGUUGCACAGCUACCCAAGAGGGGCAAACGAGGUCACGACGAGAAUAAAGAAAACAGUUCUGCAUUACAGCCACCCAAGAAGACCAAGCUAUCAGGUAAACCUAGACCGAAGAGGAGCUUAUCAUCCAUUCCAUUACUUCAACCGUUGAGCAACGUCACAGAUCUCUGUUCCAAUACCCAAGCGCGUUCUCCUCAAAGGAUAUGUGUUCCCAGGAAGCUGGCGCCUCCACGACCUUGUCUCAAACAGCUGCAAAAGGAGCCGGUCCAGAUUUACAUGGUGGAAUCUCUGACAGGGCUCAUCAACGACGCAACCCAAUUUGGCACUGAACUCAAUGCAUCCAACUGUGAAGGGUUCCUCAUGCCCGACAAUAUUAAUGAGAUUGUACAAAUCCCAACCAACGAAGUCGGACCUUCAGCGAAGAAGAAACUCGCAAUCAUCAAGGCACAUCACAGCAAACGGUUCACCGAUGAUCAAAGCGAUCUAACGAAGUCAAGAAGUGGCAGUCCAGGAUUCUACCUGAAGCAAGAGUUUGAGAAAUAUAGAGAGCUGACUCCUCCAUCGCAGGUGCAAGUGCACAGGGACAAGAAGGCUGUACGCUGGGCAGACGAGUUGGAGUGGUAG